AUGACAGCCCACGCCUGCGUCGUGAUGGAUGACUUUCCUGAGGCUCUCCGCGUCCGCUUCACCGGCCAGGACCCAGCAUCUCUCGAAACGAUGGCGGCCAGCACUGGGCGGCAAAAGCGGGCGUGCUUAGACUUGGACAGCCAGACGACGGCGCCCUUGAAUGCCAACGGGCCCCCAUCGGCCCAACUCCCGGAGAAGAGCCAGAAGCUCCUCGACAUCGCGCUGAGCUAUCUUCUGCACCAUUCCAUAGACCUGAGUUGCCACAGGUCCCAAAAUGUCCUCUCUGUGGUGGCGAAGGUUGACGACUCACGUGCCGAUUUCUGGAAUGGCCUCACAGGAUUCGAAAGCUCCAAUCCUGCCGACGUCAUCUGGCCAAUGCAAGUGGAGGCACCGCAUCCACGCCGAGACCUCUUCAGCAUCCUCCGCAGUGUCGAUCACGGCUCUGGAGGAGACAGCGGCAAGUGGCAAGGUUGUGACAUGCCCAGAGCGAGUGAACCCGCCAUGGCAGCCCAUGAUUUCACAAGGCCUGUUGCCCCCGAUGAUGACACUGACACCAUGUAUCAACAGGUUAUGACAGCCCAAGUUGCUGCUGGCUCGCCUUUGAAUCACUCUGCUGAUUUGGAUGCGGUUGUUGGGACUCGGCAAGAUGCAGGACAGGUUGAGAGGCCCGUUAUGAAUGGUAUUGGACCGGCAAGUGCUGAUCUGAGGCAUCACGCUGAUGCUAGACCAAUGAGACUAGCACCGUCAGCUGCUGACCGUGGAAGGGAGGACAAUGACGCCUCUUCGCCAUUGGUUUUGCCAACGGGACCUGUCAGUGCAAGCGGAGACCUGGCUCCGUCACCGCUCCCAGGGUCGUCGCUUUUACUGGAUCCACCACCGGACUCGGGCGCGAGCGAUGCGAUACGACCAACGGGGCGUGUCCGACAGGGCGAGCAAGCGAACAGCUGGAAGUGCUCAGGCAUUGGUUCACCAGGAGGUGAGAGCAAGCUGGAGCCCGACGGCGAGCAGACCCCAUGCACCUCGGAUUCCGUGCAUCGGGAAGAUGUCCAAGCUGAAGUCCGACGCCAACUGAGUGGGGUGCUGGGACAACUGCAGGAGGAAAGGUUGAGAGCUGAGAGUGCUUUGGCGCAGGCUCAGAGCAUGAGACAGCAGUUGGAGAGGGAGCGACUUCGUAAGACGGGUGGAGAAUUGGAGGGCAUUCCAGAUGGGGUACCAGUUUUUUCCAUGACUGGGCAAGAUGAUGGAGGUCUUGAUGGGCAUGUCAUGGUCCAGUUGGACUUAACCCGACAAGUCAUGUGCAUGCUGGAGCGGGUGGACGUUUGGCCCGGGACAAUUCGAGACUGGAAGUUCAAUCUCAUGGACUACCAGAGCAAUCACGCGCACUACCUGGACAAGCGGUUAUGGGAUCGUUGGGUCAAGGGGGUGUGGGGCAAGUUCAAUCUCGUGGACUACCGGAGCAAUCACACGCACUACCUGGUCCUCAUAAUGAUAGUGAUCAACACAGGGCAAACACUGGUCUGGCUAAUGAGUCCUGAACAUGCUGGAGGUGAAGGUGCGGCACCGACUAUGACCACUACAGAUCGGGUGCUACUCUCCAUGGCACGAGGGAUUGAGGAGUUGUUGAAGAAGACCCAAAGCCCUACGAAAACUGGUCAGCCUGAAGCCGUUAAGCCGGGGGCGCAGGAGCUUCCAAAACUUCCGGAGUAUGAUCCAGAGACGGCAGCCAUCGAUAUGGUGCAUUGGAUGACCCAUAUCGGUCCAAUCCUUGAGGACAUCUCUGACACGUCGGGACUGUGGUGGGGUGAGACAUUGCGCCAGUCUUCGGUGUGGUACCAGGAGUAUGCGUCGGCAAGCCCAUUGCAGAGAUUGCAGUUGAAACCAGUAGCGGAAGGACAGCUGCAGAAGCCGGAGUGGUCGAGAGUAGAAAGGAGGGCGGUGGCCAUGCUGCUUUCGGCGAUUCCAGAUUCCUUGAGGCGGGACAUCAUCACUCAUGGCGACAUGACGGCAAUGGGUGUGGUAUGUAGGAUUCUCACGGUGUACCAGCCGGGCAACAAGCAGGAAAAAUCCUUGAUCCUCAAGAACUUGGAAUCGCCAGGAGAAAGUACGACUUCCUCUCAGGCGGCUCAAGGGCUUCGUAGAUGGUUGUUGUGGUUGAAGAGAGCAAGAACGUUGGGCAUCGUGGAGCCCGACGCAUCCAUCCUGAUGAAGGGCCUCGACAACUUGACGCAGCGGGUGAUACGAUCAGACAGUGAGCUGGCCUUCAGGGUGUCUCUGGUGAGAGCGUCAUUGCAAGUCGACAAUAACCCACAACCGUCAACGGUGCUGCAGUAUCACCAGCACCUUUUGGCUGAGCUGGAGACCCAUGCUAGGACCACAGCGAGAGAGCCUUCUUCAUCCACUACGACGCUGCCUGUGGUCAAGGGAUUGGUGGCGGCUUCAAGUGCUCAUGGUGGUUCGGAUCAAACGCCAAAGACACCGUCGUCAUCUACUACCACAGAUGUAUGCAGGUUCUUUCUGAAGGACAAAGGCUGCAGUCGAGGGAAUAAGUGCCGCUACAAGCAUUCGAUGGCCGGCCUCACGAAGGAGGAGAAGAAGUCGAAGUGUCUGGCAUGUGGAGCCACGACCCACCGAGCCAAAGAUUGUAUGGUACCUGGAGCGAAGCGAAAGGAGAGGGAAGCUGGGGGUGAUGCUGGGCAUGAUCUAACGCCGACUUCUCCUACGGCAACUUCAGCCAUGGGCUCAGAUGGGUCUGUGAAGCCAGCAGGCGGACAGAGACCUAUGAAAGCCAUCACCUUUGAGGCCCAGGAAGCGACCGAGAUGAAAAGUUUGAUGGCGAAGGCCCUGGACGAGAUACGCCGAUUGCAAGUUCUUCGACUGGAUGGGGCGAAGGAUGACAUGGAAGUCCGGAAGGCCUUGCUUGAUUCCGGAGCCACGCAUGCUCUUCGCGGCGCUUCGGAGUGGGAAAGAUCGACCACAAAGAACGUGGACGUGACCUUAGCUGGAGAGGGCAAGGCAAGGAUGCAGCAAUCUGAGGCGGGCACCCUGCUGGUCGAUUCGGAGACGCCAGGUUUGCAGACGAUUGUUCCCCUAGGCAAGGUCAUCAGCACGCUGGGUUAUGCACUUUCGUGGACGCCGGAGGGAUGUUGGUUGGUUUGCCCUGACGGAAAGAAAGAGAAGCUACAUCUGAGAAAUGGGUGCCCGGAGAUUGAGGAAGAGAAGGGUCUCAAGCUGAUUGAGGAACUGGAGAAUCAGCUAAGGGACACGACCGAGGCCUCUGCUCGUCACUUGCAUGAUGUGUCUGUGAGCUGGUGGACGGCGUUGCAACGAUAUGUGGAGACCCAGGAGGUUAAGUAUGUGAAGGAGGUGGUCAAUAAGGCGGUGUUCCUGAAGUCUUUAGACGAGGAGGAGAUGGUCCGACUUCACGACUUCGGCAACAUGGAACCGUGGGAACGCCUCAAGACUUUGCCGGUCAAUCGUAGGCGUCGAAAGCGCCUCUGCCGGUCCUCAACCUGGGUGGUUCGUUGGAAUCGACUAGAGCGUGGACGAGAUCCAAUUUGGGCCCUGGAUGGCAUGCAUGAUGCUGUCGUUUUGGACCUUGACAGGUUGAGGGGUCAGAUUCCAGAGGAGGAGCUUUGGAAGGUGCUACUUUGGGCUGCGUUGGAGGGUAAGAUCUCGGCUAUGGUGCUGCAGGAUGUAACCCUCAACGAAGUGCAACAUCGUGAUGAUGAACCAUUUAGGGCCAAAGUGCAUUACCUGAACUUGUUGGCAACACUGGCGAGAUUCCGCAGAAAGAUCAGCGGGGGUCGCAUCGAGACGGCUUUGGUCUUAGAGAGACCGGCAUCCAUGAAGAUUGGGGCCACCUGGGCUGCCGAUGGGGCUUACAGGAAGUUUGCUGAGGAGGUGGGCAUUGAGGGAGGCUCGAUGGCUACAUCUGACAUUGCCAACUACGUGAUCAGGUGGUGUGGUCUUCAAGGCCCUACGAGAGCAAGGCUGGCCAAGCUGGCCAGUGAGGCGGCUUGGAGGACUCAUGUCCUCAACCACCACCAGCCGUUUGAGCGCAACUGUGCUGUUUGCGUGAGAAACGCAGCCACGGGAAGGCAGCAUAGGUCAACCCUUCAUCCAAUGGCCUAUACACUGAGCAUUGACGUUGCUGGACCACUGAAAUACCCGGGCGUCACUCCGGAUUCGAAAAGCCUGAGGUACUUCCUGAUUGGGGCAUACAGAUUCCCACGCUUGGAGGGAGUAAGUCCUGAAGCUGGUUUUCCUUUGCCCAGUGCUGAGGAUGAGGAGUUCUCAGAAGGGGAGGAGCAACCGGGGGAUGCAGACCCGUUUGGUGCAGGUGUGGAACCAGGAAAGGAUGAGAUGCCGGAAGAGGGUAUGCCAUCAGAGGAGGAGGAGAAGAAGGCCUGGAAGAAGAUGAUGGAAGGUUUCACGACGCCCGUUGCCCUGGAGACAGCGUACUUCGCAGUGCCGAUGAGGAACAAGAAGGCCGCCAGCGUCCUGCCAGCAUUGCAGAGGAUCUAUGUGGACGUGAAGGCCCUUGGUUUCCCUAUGCAUAGAGUCCAUGGUGAUAGGGCGGGUGAACUUCGGAGCAAGAUGGUUAGAAAUUGGAUUCUGAAAAAGGGGAUGUUGCCUACGACCACCGAAGGCGAUAACCCAGCCUCCAAUGGUGUUGCUGAAGCAGGCGUGAAGUACCUGAAGAAGCGUAUUCGGAUCUUGCUGGACUCUGGGGCAGUGCAUAAGGCAGCCUGGCCUUUGGCGCUUCACGCGGCGGCUUCAAUGCAAAGAUGUGACAGGAUGGGCCUGCCGAGUCCUAUGUUGGCACCCUUUGGCUCCCCCUGCUACAUCAAAACCAAGCGCUAUAAGACGGGAGCGGUUGAAGAUCUGGGACCAAAGUGGACACGUGGGAAGUAUUUGGGACCUUCGAUGGAUGUCCGUGGAGGCCACUGCAUUCUAAAAGAUGGGGGUGGAUAUGUGCAAACCGUCCAUGUGAGAACACCAGUGGAACCACCUCCGUUGAAGGAUGUUGUCUCUCCUCUGAUUGUCGAACCAGCGUUGAGACUUCGGUCAAAGACAAGGCCAGCGGAUGCGAGACCUCAUGCAAGAGACGCACCCACUGGAGCUGCUCCUCGUGAUGGGCGGCGCCGACGGCUACGAGCAAAAUCCUCACCUUCUACAUCACCAGUUGGGCCGUCAACCCCGUCAGUCCGGGUGAUGCGUGCGCAGGGUAGAAGCCGAGAAACACUGGCUGAAGUUAAGGCCCUUGCCCAACAUCUUUUGAACAUGGAGGACUUCUCGAAAGAAGGACGCUUGGAGCUGUUGGAGAAAUUAGUGGUGGCGGCAAAGGUGAGAACGCGAAGGGGAGAAGGAUGCUUUCAGGCCUUUGGGGCUUACUGCCAGGGUGGGAAUAGAGGUAUUACGGUCCAGACCCGAAACAAAGAAGCAGUCGUGAUGUACCUCAACGAAUACCUCAAAAAGGCUACCAGUCACCUACCAGAAGGCUCAGUCACUUGGGCGACACUGGGAGUGUUCAUGGGCAAUGCCAUUCCCCCACACACCGAUGUCCACAAUAAGCGUGGAUCCUGGAACUAUGUGGUGGAGAUCUCGGAUAGAUCGCAACGCGGGCUAUGGGUGUCUGGAGAUGAUGACUCAAAUCCUGCAAGGGGCGAGGCUGUACGGGGUGACAUGCCACAGGUCCUGCCAGAUGGAAGCCAGGGUGUUGGACGUUUCUACGAUAUUAGACAUCGAGCCACUGGUUUCAACCCGAAGAAAUUCCACGGCUUCCUACCUAACUCGGCGAAUGAUUGGUUGCUAGUUGGUUAUACCCCAUCUGGUUUCGAGAAGCUGACGGAAGGCGAGCUGAACAAGCUUGUGGAGUUGGGGUUUCCCAUUGAGACCGAAGAUCCGAUUGAGGAGGAGGAGGAGAACGACGACGAAGAUCCGGAUGAUGAGGAUGAUGAUUCGGACAAUGAGGAGGAGCGAAUUCCGGAUGAUCCGGAUCCGGAUCAGUACAAUGAAGUAUCUGAUGAGGAGUACACGGACCGGGACGAUGAGGAGCCAGAAGACAACACCGAGCCGAUGGAUGCGGAGUUUGUUGGAAAAUGGGAGAUCCAUGUGGACGAACCGACGGGUGUUCGUAAAGUUCAAAUGUUGGAAGGGCCAAGCGCGGAGGACUUGUCGAUGGCACAACGGAAGUGUCGGAACUUAACGUUGGAGGCUGUGGACGAGAAGUUGGCCAUGGAGGACUUGGAGAAGCUUCAAGGCUAUUUGCACGAGAAGGGAGUAGAAAACCCUCGUGUCAUGAAGGCAGAGCCGGAGUUUACCAAGGGAAUGGAAGAGCUACUGGAGUCGAUGCGAACCCCAGUAGAUGUGGUCUACAACGUGGAUCCCGCAGAAGCCAAGGCUCAUUUGGAUUUUUGGAAGGACCCCAUCCUUGAGGAGUUUGGUGUUGUCAAGAAGGGGUUCGACAGGACGACAAUGGGAGAACUUCUGAAACGGUUCAAGAUGGACGAUAUGCUGGUGGUCCCGGCCAAGGUCGUCUACACGAUCAAACCACCCAAGAAGGGCUCACAGGCCCUCUACCGACGCAAGGCCAGGAUUGUGGCAUGUGGCAACAUGAUAGAUGAGCAGCUGCUAGACUGUUUUGCCUCGGGUGCCGCGGGAGAGACGCUCAGAUGUGUCCUGGUUGAAUCUGGGAGACGGAAAUGGUAUAUUGGUGCCAUCGACGUUACUGGGGCGUUCCUCCUUACGCCAAUGCCUACAGAGGAGGGGGAGAAGGUUGUGGUCGUCACACCGCCACAUGUCCUCGUGUUGCUGGGGGUGGUGAACAAGCAAGAGCGUUGGAAGUUGACACGGGCCCUGUAUGGACUGAGGCAAAGUCCACGGCUUUGGGCGCAGUACCGGGAUUCGGUGUUGAAGGACUUUGUAGUCAACAUGGAUGGACGGAAGGUGGUCCUCAAACAGGGCGACAUCGAGCCGAACCUUUGGUCAGUGCACUAUGCGGGUGAGAACCGGGUGAUCGGUGCCAUCUUGAUCUACGUGGACGAUAUUUUGAUCUGUGGAGACCGUAGAUUGGUGGAAACCUUGGGCGAGAGAUUCAAGGCAGAAUGGGAGGUUUCGGAGUUGGAACUAUGUGAUGAAGGACGAGUGGUCAGGUUUCUGGGUUGUGAGAUUCAGAGAACGGAGACUGGAUGCUACUUCAUCAACCAGGAGGCGUACAUUGCUGAACUGUUGAGGGCGUAUGAAGUGCCAAAGACCCAGAUGGGAUUGGUGCCUUGCCCACGAGAAUGGAUGGCAAUGGAUGAGGAGGAGGAGAACCCUGCAGAAUCUUCCAAGAGCCCAGGUGCCAUCCGCGAAGCACAAAAGAUAACUGGAGAGUUGCUCUGGAUAAGCCAACGUUCGAGGCCUGACCUCGCAUUCCACUUGUCGAUCAUGGCGAGCCAUGUGCUGAAGAACCCGGAGAAGGUGAUCCAGAUAGGAUCCAGAAUAUUGGGCUUCCUGCAGAGGACGAAGGCUCGUGGUUUGCUGCUGGUGCCUGGUGGCGUGACGCUGCAAGCCUUCAGCGACUCGUCGUUCGCCCCGACUGGGCGACGGUCGCACACCGGAACUCUGGUUUGCCUUUACAAUUGCCCGGUGGCCUGGCGAAGCGGUCGGCAGAGUUUCGUAACUCUGUCGACCGCAGAGUGCGAACUCGUUGCGUCCAUAGACAGUAUCGUACUUGCCAGAGCAGUGAUGGCUGUAAUCCGCCAGCUCGACAUCCAGGUCAAUGUGCUGGAGCUGCAGAUCGACAAUAUGGCGGCGGUGGGGCUCAGCUCUGACGGGGCGGGUUCUUGGAGAACCCGCCACCUGAAGGUCCGUGCAUCGUACCUGAGGGAACAGGCAAAGUUUGGCUUUUUGAAGGUCUGCCACUGUAGAGGCCAGUUCCAGAAGGCUGACCUUUUAACCAAACCACUGCCCAAAGAUCGCCAUGAAGAGUUAUGCCGACUCUGGGGGCUGCAAGGGCUGUUGGCAACGGAGCUUAAGGCGAAGAUCUUGAGGAUCCUCUUGAUGUGUGGUUGGGUGUGUGGAUCCAAGGCCGAGAACCCUCAAGCUUCCCUCCAGUUGGAUGGGUCAAUCGAGUUCUACAUCCUCAUGAUGAUGGCUUGCAUCACUAUGCUGGUUGCGUGGGAAGUUCUCAGAUGGGCAUAUGGUAAGACCAUGAGAUGGUUUGACCGCCGCUGGGAUCCAAGAAGAAGCCGGCGCCUGGAAAGGCUUCGAAACAUGGUGGAAGAUGAGUUGGCGGAGCAGUUGAAUGAUCGGUUGCGAACGCCCGCUACCAGGCCGAUAAUGGUGGAUGCCCAGGUCCAAUGCAGUAUGGGAAUGACAAGGCUGAUGUCUGCUGAGCCUGCGAGGAUCGAGAUUCGAGAAGUGGAGCGAGAAGUUCCAACGUGGCACCCGGGACCGUUCUAUGUGACGAAUGGGGGUGACCACGUGCAUAUCACAAGAGACUGUUGGGGCCUUCGGAACGCCUCGCAGAUUCAAAUUCGCACAUUUUGUGCUUGCUGUCGGAAUGGAGGUAGGCAGCUGUAUGCAACGAGAACGAUUUGA